AUGGAAGUUUUUGGUCAUAAUCUUUCAGAUGUCCUAAUUCAAAAAGAAAAAGAGCUCCAAGAAAUCAGCAAAUUAAGACUCCUUCAGCUAGAAGACAACUUACGACAAAAAGAUUUAAUAAUUGAAGAUUUAAACCAAAAAAUGCUAAAAAUGCAAGAAGAUUUUAAUUAUAAUGUUCAAUUAAUUGAUGAAAGAGACUCAGAGCUCGCAGAAAUUGACAAUAAAUUUGAAAAACUGAAGAAGAUCGUAAAAGAGAAAGAUGCUGAAUUAAGCGAAUUAAAAGCAAAUCAUUCUUCACAAGAUCAAAAAUUUAAAAGCGAAAUUGCUAAAUUAAAAACAUUAUAUUAAAAAUGGCGAACCAGCCCAGCCCCUCUUAAGUCUUGAGCUGGAGUAUUACAGGGUGCGCAGGGAAGAUGAAGAUCGGGAAUAUGCAUCUGGUCAGGUUUGUACUGAUUUGGUGAAGCGCAAGUUGGGCUAGCUGACCGCUAUUUAACUCCAAAUCAGGUUUUUUUUCUCAAAGAGGAAGGGAGCCGAGAGUUGGAAAGGGUCUCUCAGCAGAAUCAGUGGUAUUUUUCCUAACCAAUCAGAACUAUUCUCAGCCUGAAACCAGGUGCUAUGCCUGGUCUUUUAUUUUCAUUUUAGUUGAUAGUCGACCAGAAAAUUCAACCAUUUUUAAUUUUCAAUAGUGAACAACCUUUGUUGACACAUGGCGAAGCGACUCAUCCUACUACCGGAUGGCUUCAUCCAGCGAGAGUUUUCUUUGCGAGGUCUUGCGCAAACUGGCGAGAAGUCAAAGGGUGGUUACGAGUAGAGAUAGUCCUUCGGGAAUUGCAGCAGGGCUUUUCGAUAAGUGUUAAUAAAUUAAAGCAAAUUAAAAGCCCAAGAAAAAUUAUUAACCCAGUCUAGGGAAGAUUUACGAGCUCAAUUUAAUGAAUUUAAAUGGCAAAAAGAAGAAGAAAUUCGAUAUUUAAAGCUAAAAAUUGGAGAUGAGAAUGGAGAAGCUGAAAGGAUUAUUAAACAAAAAGAAGAGGAAUUUAAAACAAACAAGCUAGCAUUGGUCGAAAAAUAUGAAGCGAUGCUAAGAAAUAAAGAAGAAACUCAUAGUAAAAUUGUGCUUGAGCUUGAAAAAGAAAUAAAAAAUUUGACAACAAAAUUAUCAAUUCAAACCGAAAAAUUAGAAGAAUUUCAAAUAAAAAACAAAAACUGUGAUACUGAAGAAAAAUUAAAAGAGCUAGAUGAUCUAUACAGCCAAGACAUCGCUAAGUUUGAGGCACAGUUAAAUUACAAAGAUCAACAAAUACAAAAGCUUAUUGAGCAAGUUAAAUAUUUCCAAGAGAAGCUUGAAGAAUCAAAGUCUAAACUGCAAAAUGAAAUUUCUUUAUUGUCUUUAAAAGCCCAGUUUUUAGAAAAAGAAAAUUCUAAACUAAAAGCAGCCCACGAAGAAGAGCUUAAAUAUACCAACCAAGCUAACGAAAUGCAAAUUCAAAGACUUAAUUCUUCUUAUACAACUCAAAUAAACCGACUUCAAGAAAGACUAUCAGCAGCUGAAGACGAAUCUGAAAAAUCAUAUAUAAAAGGCCAGCAGCUACGAGAAAAACAUCUCCAGCAAGAAAGAAAAUCAGCACAAGAGCUCAUAAUGAUAGAGGAAAGCCACAAAAGAGACAUCAUUUCUCUUGAAGAAACCAUAAAGCAGUUAAAAAUUCAAAUAAAAAAUAAGCAAGAAGAAAUAGAAAACAGCAAUGAAAAAAUCCAAAAUUGGAAAUCAAAAGCUGAACAAAAUGCUGAAGAAGUUAGAAAAUUAAGGAUAAAUUUACAAGAAAAUGAAAUUAAGCUACAAGGAUUAAAAUCAGAUAUUGAUAGGCUAAAAAGAGAUGAAAAUAAUGUACAGAAAAUUAAAUUUGGGUAUGAAGAAAAAAUAAAAGAGCUGAUAAAUAAAUUUGAAAAUAAUGUAAGGCCUAUGAGCCCAAUUAGUAAUGGCAGUGAGAAAAGAAGGCUAGAAGAUGAAAUAGAGGAAUAUAAAGAAAUUAUUUAUCAAAUGAGAAAAACAAUGGAAGAAAUGAACCAAAAAGGCUUUACAGGGGAUGUUGAUAUGAAAAACCAACUUGAGGAUUUUCAGCAAGAUUAUAAUAGAAUGAAAUCAGAAAGAGACCAAAUUGCUAGCGCAAAGAAUAGAUGCGAAAUGGAGUUAAAAGAAAUAAAAAUGAUGUAAAUGGUAUUUAGGAAUGAAAAAUUAAGAGGAGAAAUUUCAAGGCUGCGAUCAGAAAGAGAUCAACUGCUACAAAUAAGCUCUGAGCUUAAUUCUGAAUUAAAAUUAUUCAAACCUGAUAAAAAUGAUGGAGAAAUUGAUCAAGAAUUUUCAGAAAUUCCGCUUGAUAAUAUAGAAAAUGAAAUUCCUGCCAGAUCCUCAGCUGGAUUUUCAAAUCCAAGGCAGCUUUUAAAAUACGCGAAUUUUGAAGAGAUUGCUCAAAUGACCCCUGAAAGAGACAUAGAAGAAAAACAAGAGAAUUUUGAGAGUCUUGUUCAAGGAUAUGCUAAGCCUAUUAUUCCUUCAAAGAACACAGAAAGAGAAACUCUUUCACAAAAAUUGACAGCUGAAAAAUUAAAAAGCUCUAGUAUAAGAAAAACACAAGCCAAAAAACCAGCUGUUAGAAAUUAUAAUAUAAAAAGACAUUAUUUAAGAUUUAUAAGUUUUACGUCCUUUAAGGGGUUGCACAAAUUCAGAGCUUUCCGCUACAUCUAUGCAACACCUGGCCCAUAGGCCACUGGGGCGACCAAGACGGCAUCAUAUAAAAGACAACUAA